AUGUAACUCUAUACUUCACUCAAAUGCAUAUCCACUUCCGUGUCAGAGGUGAGACUUUGGCAGCUUCAGUGCUGACAAUAGUAUGACGUAGCUAAGGUCAAAAGACAAGCUACACCUCAGUACAUUAAAUGCAUUGAUCGAGUCCGUGGCGAAUCAGUGCUGAAACAUCUCAGUUUUCUGUAAGAUUGCUGUCUGAUUUGGGCCUCGGGCAAACAGCAUGAGUUCUGACAAGGUCGCUCUGGUCACCGGAGGUACCCGCGGGAUCGGCUACGGGACAGCCCAGGAGCUGGCCGGCGCAGGAUACAACCUCGUCCUGGGGUACAAGGAGAACAACCAGCGGGCUGAAGGCGCCAAGGCCGAGCUGGAGGAGACGUACAAGGUACGCGUGUUCCUGGUGGCAGGAGGGGCGGAGGAAGAGACCACCGUGGACGCCUACUUCGCCUGCGUCGAUGAGAACUUUGGCGGGAAGUUGACAGCGUUGGUCCACAACGCCGGCAGUAUGUACGGGCCUCAGGGGCUGCCACCAAAGCCAGGUGCUAACGGGAGCUGGUUCGCAGGCUGGGAGGCGUACGAAUACUACCAAAACCUCUACUCGAGGUGCUUCCUCCGGCUGGUGGAGAAGGCCGUGACACGCAUGGAGGACGACCGCGGAUACAUCGUCGCCGUGUCCGGAGUCGGCUGUAACAGCAACACGUCCCCAAGCCUGCCUUACUUCACCCCGGGCAUGGCCAAAUCCAGCAUGGAGUACAUGGUGAGGAACUACGCCAAGCAGCUGGCGCCCAGGCGGAUCACCUGUAACACCGUCAUCCCGGGAAUGAUCGACACAGAAGCCUGGGCACCGGUCAAGGAGAGGCUCGGGAACGACGGGAUGGAGGGUAUGGUGAACCGGCUGUGCGGGAUGAAGCGCUGGGGUACCCCGAGGGAAGUCGGCGGCGUGAUCGCGUUCCUCUGCUCGGAGAGGGCGUCCUUCAUCACCGGCGUGGCCAUACCUGUGGACGGAGCUUUCCAUCUCAAGUAGCAAAAAUAUUCCCC